CAUUCAAUCACCAAUGAAUGUAGACACACGCAUCCCUUGUCGUUAAUAAUUAAAACCAUUGGCUGUUGCAUUGACAAACGAUUUAUAUGAGCAAUACAUAUAUGGUAGUGAAAUGGAAGAAAAAGUUAGAUUAUUCUAUAUUCUAAAUGUAGUUGUAGCAAGUGUGGUCGCAUUUCGACAACUGAUUUUCAACAAAUCAACUAGAGAGUCAUACUCUAGUGUCUUAGGACCAGUAAAUGCUGUGAAGGCAAAAAGAAAAUGGAGUAACGCUAUAAAUGAGUCUCGCGUUUUCUUAGGACAAAGUAUUGCUGAGAAACUAGUAGAUAAUUCGAGUCACACUAUACAUGAAACUCUGGUCCCUAACAUAGUGCAUUAUAUAUGGGUGGAUUUCGGAGGAGUAUACAAAUUUACCUUUCUAAACGCAGUCAGCUUUAUCAGUGUCCACAAGAACUGGAAACCGGAUGAAAUUUUGGUGCACGUAAAUAAUAACAAUCGCCCCCAUGGGCAGUGGUGGGAUUAUGUGACGUCUCAUGUAACAACAAAAAUACGAUUUCUAGAAUAUAAUAUGAGCCAAAUAGACAUCUUCGGGGAAAAGCCGAAAUAUGUUGAGCAUAUAGCAGAUAUAAUGCGUUUACGAGUACUUAAAGAGUACGGUGGCACUUAUCUUGACAGUGAUGUGAUUGCGUUACGCUCUCUUGCCCCUCUUCGACGCUAUGAUCACACACAAGGAGUAGGAGCGAUGAGUUCUGGUCUCUCCAAUGGUGUAAUUAUCGCAAAGAAAUCAUCUAAAUUUCUCGAUAUUUGGUUGGAGGAAUACAAAAUGUAUGGAAAGGAGCACGUGCGCAGUCUUUGGAGUUACUAUUCCAUAGAAAGGCCUAGACAAUUACUUAAAAGACAACCAGAGUUAGUCAGAAUAGAGAAAGACACUUUAGUGAGACCUCUUGUGGGAAUGUAUAGAAACAUGGAGACGAGACAAAAUGUUUGGAAAUAUAGUUAUAGUAUGCAUGUCUGGAAACGCAAGACUUUUAUACCAGAGAGACCAGAUCAAAUAAAAUUGAUCUCAAACCAAUCGCUGUUAAGAGAUGUAAUGGAAUACGUUGUAUUCAAUAAGAUACCAUUCUAUGCGAAGAAUGAUAGAAAAGCUAAGAAAAGUAGUCAGAGCCGUAAAGCUAGGUCCAGAGAAUCAAGACAAUAAACUAUGUUCACCAAUACCAUAUUGCAAUAUAAACAUUUUUAUCGGACCUCGAUUUUAAUGUAAGGUCCUAUCCCGGAGGACCUAUCUUAGCUGAUAGAAUCCGUCGGAUGCAUCAAAUUAUUUCCUGGUUCGGUUUCUGAAAUCAGAUAAUGAACCCGUUAUUCACCAUCACAAAUUGAUUACAAGUAUUGGUAUUUUGUCGUGUUUAAAGAUGCAUAGCAAAUGUUCUUUGGACCAAAAUUAAUUUUUCCCUCAAUUGAGUUACUUAAUAAUAUCAAUUACUGGGUAAUUAUAUAUACUGUAAGUUCUACACUUUCAACAGUAUUGACAUAAAGAUGGCAAAUCAUAUUGUAUUGUAUAUAUAUUUAUUGCACAUAUUUAAAUCGAGGUACAGAUUAUUGUUUUUUACAAAAUAAAAUAGAAAAUAGGUUUUCAAUUUACAACGAAGACACAC